AUGCAGGGGCACUAUCUGCUAGGGUGCGCGCUGCUCGAGAAGGAGGACUGCGCUCUCGCGGUCAAGGAAUUCGAGAAGGCUUUGGAUCUCUUGAAGCCUUCAAAUUCAAGGGACAAAAUGGCAGAGGACAUUUGGCAGGUUCUUGCCAAGGCCAAGUACCUUGCCUGGGAAAAGCACUCCACUCAGCGAGUUUGGAAGAUGCAAAGUUUAAGGGAAGCUUGUGAAAAUGCUCUGCAGGAGCAUCACUUUCUUAGCGGCACUCUUUCAGAAGACUCUGAGGGGACAACCAAUGAGUAUUCAGAGCAAUGCAAAUUGUUAUCUGAAGUCUUCACGAACGCUAUACUUGCUGAUACACCAGGAGAUGUGCCGGACUACAUUUGCUGUCAAAUAACUUUUGAGAUUUUUAGAGAUCCAGUUAUCACACCCAGUGGUGUAACAUAUGAGAGGGCCAUACUGCUUGAGCAUCUUCGCAAGGUGGGCAAUUUCGAUCCGGUGACGCGGGAGCCCUUGAAGGAGCACCAGUUGGUUCCGAAUCUUGCCAUCAAGGAAGCCGUCCAAGCAUACCUCAAGGAGCACACCUGGGCCUACAAGUCGAACUGA